GUCCAGCUUCAGUAGGGUCACAUUCUAGGACACAGCAUAACGGCUCCAACAUUAUCUCCUAAAUCAUAGAGGGGGGAUAAAAACACCUGUUAUGUAUAACCAACAUUUUCUGCCACCAUUGGCUCCCUGGAGGGGCAGAGGAAAGCAGACAUAAGAAAUUCAGCCAGGUUUACCAGAAAUUUAAGAAAUUCACCUCAGUCGGGCGGAGAGGUGAAUCAGUCAGGAAGAAGGACGGGAAGAGCAAUAUGAAAGGGAAGGAAGUAUUAAAAGUUCUUUGAUGGGAAGGGCAGUUGUUAAGGGGAGGUUUUAAAGUUUUAAGUACGUGACUCCAGAUAACUGAAAUUACUUCCAAUGAAAUACAGCUCCUAACCACAUCGUGCGCGGUUAAGCUCUCAUUACCCCCAGUCCAGCAGCUGCUCGGCGGUCCCAGGGAAGCCAGCUGCCCCGAAGCGGGAGGACCCCAGCGGCCGCCGCGCCAUCCCACAAUGCCUCGCUCCCGCCACCCUACCGGCGGAGAGAAGGGACCGCUGCCUGGGCAGGGAUCGGCGGCGAGCUCCCAGAGUGCGCACGCGCACUGACCCCAGCGAGCCCUAGCAACCAGAGCAGUGACAGUAGCAACGGCCGGAAUGGCAAAAGCAACAACAAUCAAAGAAGCCCUAGCUAGAUGGGAAGAGAAAACUGGUCAGAAGUCAUCCGAAGCCAAAGAGAUAAAGCUUUAUGCCCAGAUACCCCCUAUAGAGAAGAUGGAUGCAUCCUUAUCCAUGCUGGCUAAUUGCGAGAAGCUUUCACUGUCUACAAACUGCAUUGAAAAAAUUGCUAACCUGAAUGGCUUAAAAAACUUGAGGAUAUUGUCAUUAGGAAGAAACAACAUAAAGAACUUAAAUGGACUGGAAGUAGUAGGGGACACAUUAGAAGAACUGUGGAUCUCCUACAAUUUUAUUGAAAAGCUGAAAGGAAUCCAUGUAAUGAAGAAAUUGAAGAUUCUCUACAUGUCUAAUAACCUAGUGAAAGACUGGGCUGAAUUUCUGAAGCUGGCAGAACUGCCAUGCCUGGAGGACCUGGUGUUUGUAGGCAAUCCCUUGGAAGAGAAACACUCUGCUGAGGGGAACUGGAUUGAUGAGGCAACCAAGAGAGUACCCAAACUGAAGAAGCUGGAUGGUACCCCAGUAAUUAAAGAGGAUGAGGAAGAAGAAAACUAACACCACGUUUUCUGCUUUGUGUUAAUUUAUUUAAAUGUCGUAAGAACAAAAGACAAGUUUUGUAUAAUGGUCUAUGUUAAAGACUAUGGGUCAAAAGGUUCUUAAGAAGAUAAAACAAAUCUCUUAUUCUCAUUUUUUUUCUCUUAACCUGUUCAGUGUGUCUCCCUCAAAAUAAUAACACCAACUUUAUAUAUUCUAGUCUCCUUUUAGAAACUACAAAUUUUCAAUUUCUGUCUUCAGUCCCAGUUAUGUACUGUGUGGCCCUAUCUGUUGAAACCUUUGUAGACCAGUCAUUUUAUAACAGCGGAACAAUCGUGGUUCUUGAUUCAGAUUUUAGAGAAGGCAUUUUAAAGGAUGUACUAUUUAACUUUUGCCUUUGUAAACCAUCUUUCCUGAUGGUCCAUCUCCCUACUGUAUGACUCAGAAGCACAAGCAUGUCAUGCUUUUGGUUCAGAAGGCAGCAUGGUGAUAGGAAGAGCUUCUCUUAAAAAUACAGCAGCAGCCCUAGACCCAGGAUCCAAAAUCCAAUUUGAAAAGUUAUGGUCAAAAAAUGAAAAAUUAAUAUCUUGGAGGCCUUAUAGCCCAUGUUAGUAUUUACUCUUUGUUUUUCCAAAAAUGUGUGGAUCAUCAACUGGAAUUUAGGUUGUGUUCACAUGUGUGGCCACUUGAGUCACUGUGCACAGUCAGACAUUUUGUGAUUCAGGUCAGUGGUUAAAAUGACUAUCAUCAUCAUUCCUUUUACCAGUAAUGUGGUCAUGUUACUCAUGUGGACCUGGCCUUAGGCACUUUUUUUUUUUUGGUUUGUACUUCGUUAUGUUUAAGGAAUAGCUAUGUUUGAAUUCCUAACCUAAAUGUGGCCCAGGUAUAUAUGUCAAAAUUUGCUCUAAUAGCUUUGGUGGCCCUCUUUGUUAGGGGAAGUGAUUUUAUGGUUAUAGAGGUAUGGAACUUAAAGAUGAGAUCUGGUACCUUUCAAGAAAUGAAAGUUAAUAUUUCAAAAUAUAUUUUUUGAGAAGCUCUAGGUUAAGCAGCUCUUUAAUUGUAUUAUGUAAGUGGUUGUGGAGAGAAGAGAGAAGUUUCAUUAUGGGAUUCCAGGCAAAUGGCAGUAUUUUUGAGGAUUGCUUCCUGUGUGAAGCAUUAGGUUUUUAACUUCCAGAUUGCUAAGUGAUGGUCAGAGGCAGAGCUUAGAAUUUAUCAGGUAAGAAAGAAAUUUUGUGGUAUUUAUCUUUCUGGAAAACACAUUGUAGUCAGUAACCAAAUGAAGUCCAUAGCAGGCUAUGACUGAAUCACUAAUAGAUUGCAGAAAAGAAGCCAGGGGCCCUUUGCCAAAUUGUGCCUAAAGUCCCUCAGCCAGAGACUAUUGAUUCUUGUUUCCCCAUCUACACUGUUAAAAAGGGGAGAGUCACUUCUAAAAAAAGUGUGUGUAUAAGUAGUCUUGGGUUUUAGAAGUUUUCAGCCAUCAUUUAAGUAGGAAUUACUUGAUUUCUCCAAGAGUCACUCUGAUCAAAAGGGACCACUGCUUUGACAAUCAAUUCUCAGUACAAACAACAGUAAGAAUUAUUCCAACACCUUUUUAGUUUCCUUUUAGCUCUUCCUUACAACCUGAUACGAAGUAAAUCUUUACUCUCCUCUGACUGGCUUAUACAAUCAAAGAUUUUGGGCGUUCUAUUGUGAACCAUAAGGUAAUGAGCCUUCGUUCCCAUUGGUGUUUAAGGCCGGGAGGCUGAGAGGGAAAAUGAGCUUCUUAGGGUUUGUACUUCAUCCAGGAGUCAAGCUUGAAGCCAUAUUGCUAUGAAUGGGUGUAUUUUCUAAAAGUUAUCCUGGAAGUGGAUAUGCGAGGGAAAGGGUGAUUUCAUACUGAAUUUAUUUGUAAAAUGACUUUUGGUAUUUGGUUUUUCUGAAUUCGGUAAUGUAGGAACUAAUUUUCUCUUCUCAUUAUUUCUUAAUGUCUUUUAAUCACUGGUAGUUGUCAGAAAUAUAAGGUACUUUUCUGUGUCCAUUUCACAAAAAAUUCAAAUUCAGUUCCACUAAACAAAUAUUUGAAUGCCUUCUACGCAUCCUUUUCGUGGAAUUAAAGCCAGAAUCCACGUCCUUAGAAAAUGGAAGGGAGGGUAUAUGAAGAAUUCAGGAUAUUCUCCCAAAUUGUCCCUCCAAUCAUCCUCUACUGCUGUAAAUUUAACUGAUAUUAAAUGCCUUGGCUUUUGCCUCUUGGAUUAGGUAUUUGACCAGCUAGGAGUGGGUUCUCUCUGUGCUCCUGGUUUAAUGCAUUAUGCUAUUUUAGUGCAUCAUUUAAAUCUCUUACUUCUAGUAAAUGAUGAUAGAACUCUGGAAUCAGUUCAGCAUUUUAAUAUUUCACAGGAAAUUUGACUUUAGCUCUUCUAUGUUCCCUAACUCUAAGCCUAUGGCCAUAUUACCUGCCAGGUCUUGAAAGGUUUUUAUGUUUUCUGUGGAUAAGAAUUUGUUUCUUUAAAUCACGGUUUUUCAACCUUGGUGCUACUGACAUUUUGGGCUUUGUUGUGGGUGGCUGUCCUGUGUUUUGUAGGAUGUUUAGUAGCAUCUCUGGCCUCUACCCACUAGAUGUCAGUAGCACCCUCCCCCCAAUUGUGACAAUCAAAAAUGUCUUCAGACAUGUCCAUCUGUCCGCCAGGAGCAGGGAUAGGGUGACCAGAUUCACUCCUGGUUGAGAAGCAGUGCUUUUGUACUUUACACCAACACUGCUUUUGUUCAGAGCCCAUUCGUUUUCACUGUGAGUUAUGGUAAAAGAAGGUGAUGUGUUUAAUAAUGAUGGAUGGAAGGAAAUGGCCACUGGUGUUUCCCUUUUUUGUAUUGCUCAUUUUCAUAAUUUUCGCAGAUCAUUAGAAACUCAGGGUUGGAAGGUUCAACUUAUUUUUUUCAGCAGGUCUCAACUUUUCAUUUCUUAGCAUUCUUGCUUAUCUUAGGACAGUGAUCAUUCACCUACCUCUCUCUCAAUAGCGAAAGAAUCCAACUUUAUGAUAGAUUUUGCUUUGUCUCUAACAUUUUCAGUGUGCUUUGAAAAAUGGAUCAUCGUUCUUUUAAGUCUCACUAACUGUUCAGUAAUGCACAGAAUUCUGCAGACUGUAGCAGUCAUUAAAUACAUGAAUAUACUGUGUAAAAUUUGGUAAUCAUGUAUGAAAAGUAGCUGGUGUAGACAUUGAUUUUGGGUGUGAUCAUAAUAACUCCUGGUCAGUAACUUGGUGUGGUUACUACAUUGAUUCCACAAAUAGAGGUGUUAUAAAACACUUCAAUAUGGUUUCUGUGUGGAAAGAGAAUUUUUGACUUGAGCAGAUUCUUAUUCUGAUACCUUUUACCAGUGGUCUGAAGCAAAAUAAGGAGAAAUGAAUCUUGACUGUUGAUUUAUUCUCAGAAUUGGUGAUGUGUAGAAUUGAAGGUAGUAACUCUAUGACCCAGAAUCUUCCAUCUGGGUUGUUCUUAGGACUGCAUAGAAAAGUGUAGGCCCAGAAAGUUUGGCUUUAAUCUUUCGCCAAAAAAAAAUUUGAGCAUUUGAGCAUUAGUUAGCAUGUCAGACCAGCAGUUCACUAGGACCUGUAUACGUUGUAAGCGUUGGUAAAGGUAGAAAACCACUCAACUGCAAAUUAUCCUUUACCAGAAAUGUAUUUCUUUGGCACACUUUUUUUUUAUUUGGGCUGCUUAAUGUGCCUGUAAAUAAUGCAAUAUAAAAAAAAGAUUCAGUGUAGCAGAGUUGGUGCUUCUGACACAGCUAGCUUGACUAUAUUCCUUUAUUUUCACUCUAGCGUAUGUUUCAUUGGGUUUGGUGUUUUUGUUGUUGUAGAACCGUAAAAUAGGUGCAAUAGAAAAAUUAUGUUUAAAAUCACUGAACUUUUAGAAAUCUCAUAUCUAUAUAUCUAUUCUCACCUUUUUAUAAAUCAGUGACUGAGAAGGAAGAAAACUGAAGGAAGAAAUAGGCUUAGUCUUACCUUUUUCUGAUCUAAGAUAAAUUGAGUAAAGCUUCUCACUUGACACUUACUUGGAAUAGUUAUAACUGGAUUCUAAUUAGUUUCCCGUAUUGGGCAGGUUAGAGAAGAACCAGCCAAUCAAAUUAUGGUCCAGCAAAUGUAAAAAAGGGGUGAGGGUGGGUAAACUAUUUUUCAGUAGAUUUGCACUUUAAAAUUAUGAACUGGUUGUUGGCAGAAAGUAUUCCCAAAGGGCAGAUGGGUAAAUACCUAGCCUGCACGUGGAUGUUAGAGAGACAAAUCUCACCCAUGCUGUUCUAAGCCCACAUGAGCAGUAGCUGUCUGUUGGCCUAAUCAGAGCCGGGAUUUCCCUAUUUCCCUACUUGGUGCCAUCUUAAGACCAUGUCUAGUCAGAAUAGAAACUUUUGAGUUAUCUUCCCCACAUCUAUAUUUAAAAAAAAACUUGGAUGUUGGCUAGAUUAAGUUGUGGCUAACGUUAUGUGAAAAAAAAAAUUUUUUUUUUUUCAAUGUUAUGUGGGUGGAAGCUCUUUGCUUCUUUGAUCAGCAGGGUGCAUGCCUCUGAAGUGCUAUUGCCUAGAGGGAUAAAUUCAUCAAAAAGACCAGUGAGUUGGCAGCCAAAGAGAGUAAACAUAUAGCCAGCUACUUCUCCCAGGUUGUCAGUUAUGAUCACAAGCGUCAUUCCAGAAUCUUUGGCUUUUAGAAUCAACUCCCAUCUGAAGAACGUUUUAACAUCUAUUAAUACUUUGGUAAUAAUCUUUUAUACACAGGAAUUUUGUAGCAUGACUUUAUGACUAAACUUUUUGUGUGUUAAAUUAUUUAGAAAUUUUGAGUUUCUGAAUGUUAUUUUGUGAGACUUGUUUUAAAAUGGUAAUAAAUUGUUAUUUUAUAAAAAAAAAUGGAUCUUUUUUGAUUCAUGACCAUUUUUAGUUUUAGCUAAUGUC